GUGACUACUGCGUUAAACUUUCGUGCGUAGGUGUGUUUCUACUACUAUGUACGGAUUUGUGUGAAUAUGCCUCAUGACUUUCUACCACCUAUCCCAAAUGUGAGCAGAUCUCAUAAGACCAUUGAGAACAGUAAGGACAGGGUGGAGAGAGCUAGGAAAUCAUAGAAAAUUAUAGAUAGGUCGAAUGAUGAAUCAGCUGCUUUACUCGUUGGUUCAGACCACUCAUUCAACCAUUCAUUGACUGAUUCAUGCAUUGUGUCCCAUACGGUCUAACACGAGACGACUUUUCUUCUUUUCCGGGUCAACUUAUAAAAUACGACUUCGUGUUUAGGAUUAUCGAAUUGAAAUUUUAAUCUACUGGGUCACUGCUUGGGACGGUGGAUAUAUACUUUAAAAUGACUUCUGAAUUAGUGCGAAGAAAUCCUCUAAGUGAAAAACAAUAUCGAAAUAAUGGAGAUGAUGUCCUUUGUCCUACUCUGAAGUAUGACGUCGACCAUUACUCUGGUGCUGAGAGUUCACUGAUAAGAAAGGAUUGCCCUACUCUUUCUCCUCGAGGACAGAAAGAUCACUCUGCCGCCAGUUCAGUGUUCCCCUCCACAAUCAAUAUUACUUACGGAUUACAGUCGACGUCACCGCCUAAGUCAAUGUUUCAAGCUACUAGUCAGGUGAACUCAAAUGUCUACAGCGGAGGCUUCCGCUAUCACGUUCGCAGACCAGUGGAAUCAUGGAAAUUUUUUGAGACAAAGAAAAAUGAUGGUUCCAAAGUUUACUUAUGCAGAUUGUGCGGUUCCAGUUAUAAACACAAGAAAUCACUGAAUAAACACUGGAGGGAUAAACACUACGCAGAGUUGAUGAGUGCCCAAGAGAACUGUCAACCGGAUGGUGAAUUGGAUAAUGAUGGUGAUGAUGAAGAUGGAAGAGAAGGAGGAGACGGAGAUGACUCUGGUGAAGGAGAUGCAAAUAAACUGUUGGACACCAGUGAUACUAGGCCACUUUCCUCUGUCGAGAAUGUAGACCCUGACAAAGUCAACAGUCGGUAUGUGAAGGCGAGAGACGUCAAUUCUGCUGGCACUUCUGGUUCGUUAGCACGAAUUUACAGCACUGGAAGUGAGGACUGUGAGAAUCGUCCACCGGGUGCGACUGUGUCACUAUCUGGAGGAAUGGGAAGUGUGCAGAAUGGAGUCACUGUAAGGAAUGAGAAUGCCAUGAGAGAUCGUAAUGUGAAUGAGAUAUCGAAGUCCGGACAUCUUUCUGUGGGAGUGGAUCAUCGAGAUCGACUAUAUGCCAAUCGUAGAAGGCUAUCGGCCGUACCAUGUUCUCCGAGUAUUCAACCGAGACCGCGUGGUCGAGUAUCUGAAUGUGUCGUUAAACGAGUGAGGUCACCGAAUGGUGAGAAUGUGAAUGUGGAUAGCAAACGAAGACAUAGUGUGUUUUCAUCUGUGAGAGAGGAGUGUUCGAAUGAUGUGAACGAAAAGUGUUCUGAGACAUCUUGUUAUUCUAACAGGAACACUCCGGAUGGUGAGAUGAUGUCGAACCGCACGAAUCGGUCGUAUGUAAAUUGUGUGGGAAUGUAUGGGGGUGAAGUUUUGUGUCAUGAAGUGGAGCCGCUUGACUUAUCAGUUGUCAGGUCUUCAGGGACACAAAUUGACUGUGUAAUAAGUGGGCGAGGAUCGACCGGAACCAGCGGGAUUGCUGUGGGCUCAUUCGAUGUGAAUAGGACGGGUGGUUUAUCUGGGAGUGGUGGAGUGAAAAUGUCACUGGAGGAAACAGUAUCAGUGGCGCCUGCCGCAUCUUCGACUCAGGAUGGCGGUAAAAACAGAAGGAAGGAGCCACGCAUUAGUCGCACUCUGCUGAUUGGCUUGUUGCAAACAGCGUUGAGUACUCUAGAGAAUGAAAUUGGUGAAAAUGUGAUGGAUUCAUGUGAAUCUGGUGUCGAGUUAUCUGCAACAUCUUCAAGUUUACUAUUGGCUAUUGGCAGUUUGUUGAUCACACUAGCUGACAUGAAACCAAAUGUGUUGUGUUUUCCUGCUCCAGGUGAAUCAUGUGGAGGAAAUAAGGAGUGUGUAGCAGAACGGGUAGAUGAUGAAUCGCGAUCUUACUUGAGUAGUGUUGGCAUAUUGACAGGAGAUAAAUCAACGGUGCGCUGUUAUCCUGUAGAAUCAUUUCAAGCUGGACAUGAUGGCACCAUUCCUGGUCAUUGUGUUGAUCGUGCAGGAUCAUCGAGUGAUUGUGGUGUUACUGCAAUGGGAAUUUCGAAGACUGAUGAGAGAGAUAGCGAGAGGUGUUUGGAUGCUGAUACAUGGGGUAGAAGGGAUAAUGAGUUAGCUUCUUCAUGCGAAUCAGACUAUGCUGAUGGGAAUCACAAAGAAAUGUCGUUGAGUGGAGCUGGACAAGAAGUGUCGUUCACAGGUCUGGAAGGGAUGAAGAAAUGCGAUGGAUCGGAGGCUGUGAUUAUCUGUCCUGUGUGUAAAUUUGGUGCCCGGUGGUUCAGUGAGUUACGUGCGCAUAUGGUGAAUCAUUCUGAGCACCGUAUGUUUGGUUGUUGCUACUGCCAUUAUCGGGCUAAGUGGAAAUGGGAUGUGGCGAAACAUAUGCGUCGGUGUCCAUUGGGUCGUCAUGUUUCUCACUUGCAGAACGAGGCGUUGCUGAGGAUAGUGAGAUAUCACCCACCUCCAGAAGAGGAUAUAUUGUAUAGUUACUUUCCCCAGAAUGGAUUUCCAGGUGUUGGAGUUGAUCAUCCUCCGACACCACCAAAGAGUUGUGCGAAGCUGGGAUACGAGAGAGUUCGCUUAUCUGAUUAUGACAGUAAAGAUUGUUUAUCGUUUGGAGGUAAUUUGAGAGAUGGGAGUGGGAGUAUUUUGGAUGCAUCAGCAGUUUCCGGAAGGGGUAUGGGAAAUCGAGAUUCUAAUUUGGGUGCAUCAACGUCUAUGGAUGACAAUACACGUCCAUGCAGGUCACGCAAUGAUACUGAAGUCAGUGAUAUCGUUGAAUGUGAUGAGACAGAAUCUUGUGGUUUAGUUAUAGUUGAGGACGAUGGUGAAUGUGUAGAUAAGAGUAGGAGUGUUGAUCAUGAAAUUAAGUGUGUGGAUGGUGGUUCAGGGGAAGAUGUUGAUUCUGUUGGUGAUCGAUGCAGCCAGUCGAAGGACGAUGGGGAGGCCAGCAGAUCGGAUCUAAUUUGUCGAGUACGGAAGUGUCCAUUGUGUGAAUUUCAUUCAACAGAUAAAAUUGAAUUCCAAGCACAUUGGAAUUCCCAUUGUCCAUACACCAAUGAAACUUUUACCUCGACCAAAUGUUGACUGUAUACACGCAGAAUUCUACUCUAAACUUCUCUUUGCUUUUUAUUUAAUUGGAACACAUAUUUUCGUUUGUAUAGAAAUUGCAAUUUUUGAUUUUAGUUACUUUUCUGCUAUUUUUCUAUAAAUUUUGAUCGUUUUUGUCUUUUGCAUAUAUCCCUCCGUUUAUCGGGCUAGAUUUGUAAUAUUAUUUUUGGAAAUAAUUUUCUCUUGCUCUAAUUCGCUGGUCUAAUGUUUUUAAUUUUCGCUGGGUUUUUUUCGUUAACAAUCACACUACUGAGAUAUUUUGAAAGGGAUAUUGUGUUGUGUUUUUUGAUGAAGGAGUGCAAUUGGUUGUCAUUUGUACUUUUUACUAUAGGGAUUUUUCGUAUAUUUUUCUACUGAUCACAUAUCGAAGGUGUUACAAUUCAAAUAUAGUCAGUGGAUAGUG